AUGCAGGCUACCAUCCUUCGGAUCGUCGCCUUUGUCAGCUUGAUCAUCACAGUCCAGGUCUCAGCCAUCCCUCCUCCUCCAGCUGAACUCGAUCUCCCUUACCCAGUUGUACCCAUGCAAUACAGCGGUUCACUCGGUGGAAUCCACAAUCUCACCCUCACCGGGUCGGUCCAGCAGAUGAUCGCUACCGUUCUCAAGGACCAUCCAGAUCUCGACCUCAACGUUACAUCUGAAACAUCUGUUUCAACUCCUCGUAGUGUAGGACUUGAGGAGCGAAACAAGGCACAAACAUACUGCUGUCCCGUUAGUGGACACAGCUGGCGCCCAACGGUGCCAUACUGGAUUCAAUGGGAUAUGAAUGUUCUGCGAGCGCUCCCCGGCACAUGCGGCGUUCAACCUCGUUCCUGUUCUCAAGUUGCCUGUCAAACCUCUGGCGCUAUCUAUGUUUGCAACGACAAUAACUACUUCAUCAGACCAGACUGCAUUUACAUUGCCAGUUAUGCACAAGACAUCUUGAACACCUGUCAUCAGCAGGCGUGUGGACAGAAAUUCGAUACCGAUCGGUAUAACGUGGUCAUUAGACAGGAAUGGUGUGAAUGGGAUAACGAGUAA